AAAGUUGUAGCUAUUAGCACGAUAGCCAUUCUUUCGCUGGGAGGGAGACACGUCGUUUAAUUGGACAAGCCUACAGUUAUUUUUUUUACUGUCUUUACAGCAGAUAGCUGCUGGUCAACGGUGAAUAAUCAACAAAAAAAGGUAUACUAAGUAGCGUGUUGUCCUGUCUUCCUCCUAGCUCGCUAGCCUGCUAGCCGCUAGCGUUCUGCCGUCUCCACCCUCGGUACGAACCGUCUCCCGCCCGGCUCUGGAGGACCAUGGCGAUGAGACAGACUCCUCUCACCUGCUCCGGUCACACCCGGCCCGUGGUGGACCUGGCCUUCAGUGGGAUCACUCCGUAUGGCUACUUUCUCAUCAGCGCAUGCAAGGAUGGUAAGCCCAUGUUGCGCCAGGGAGACACAGGGGACUGGAUUGGAACGUUCCUGGGUCACAAAGGCGCUGUCUGGGGAGCCACUCUGAACACCGAUGCCACCAAAGCAGCCACAGCUGCUGCUGACUUCACAGCAAAGGUGUGGGAUGCGGUGAGUGGAGACGAGGUGCUCUCACUGGCACACAAACACAUUGUCAAGACUGUUAACUUUACAAAGGACAGCAACUGUCUGCUGACUGGAGGAAACGACAAGCUGCUGCGCCUAUAUGACCUCAGCAACCCUGAAGCAGCACCACAGGAGAUAGCAGGUCACACAUCAGCCAUAAAGAAAGCUUUGUGGUGCAACGAUGACAAGCAGAUUCUCUCUGCUGCUGAUGACAAAACUAUACGGCUCUGGGACAGAAGCUCCAUGGAGGAGGUGAAGACGCUGACUUUCGACACGUCGGUGAGCAGCAUGGAAUAUGUGGCUGAUGGAGAGAUUCUUGUGAUCACAUAUGGAAAGACGAUCGCUUUCUACAACGCUCUAAGCUUGGAAUUGAUCAAGACUGUGGAGGCCCCGGCUCCUAUCAACUCCGCUUCCCUCCAUCCAGAGAAGGACUUCUUUGUUGCUGGUGGAGAAGACUUCAAACUCUACAAAUUUGACUACAGCACAAAGGAGGAGUUGGAGUCCUAUAAAGGUCACUUUGGUCCAGUGCACUGUGUUCGCUUCAGUCCAGAUGGAGAGCUUUAUGCCAGCGGCUCUGAGGACGGCACGCUCCGCCUGUGGCAGACGGCGGUGGGGAAAACCUACGGCCUGUGGAAGUGUGUCCUUCCUGAGGACCUGGGGGCUGAGAACUCUGAGCAGCUGUACACCCCGACCCCUGAGAUCAAAGCCUAAAGACAAAGCUGCACAGUUUGGAAACCAGAUAAGAGAAAAGGAAGAAGGAGAUUAGCCGAGUGGAGGGGUGUUCCAGUGUGUUCUGUCAGGCCACGGCAAGGAGCAGAGUUCAGACCAUGUCCAUCCACCAGGAUCUGAUGUGGCUAUUAUGACUGCUCCGUAUGGCGCAGACCAACCAACACACAAAGAUUUUUUGAGUCAUAUCUACAGGAUGGGCUGCAGAGUAAAGCAGUAGAGCUGUGAGUGGAGGCUCAUCGCUGCCUGCUUUCUCUCUGAUCAGCCCGGUUCUGCUUGUCUGCUAAAAUUAAUUUAACUUCCUACACCCCAAACCACAUGAUGCCAUGAUCAGUUUUGGUUUCAGUGUUAAAAGUGUUUAAUGAACUGAGCCAAGGCAUUUGUUUUCGGUUCAUAGCAACAAGAAUUCUGGAGAUUGUUGCACAGUUUGUGCUAAAGUUAAGGCGCUUUCAUUUUUAUCCAAAAAAAGUAGAAAAAAAAAACUAUACGUUGCUUUGAGUAUUCGCUGGUGUACCUUUAGUAUAAGUGUCCAAAAUAAAAUACAUUUUGUUUUGUGAUAAAAUGGAAAGGGAAGAAAGUCACUGGGUGUUUCCAUUUUGGGUUCUGUCUUCAUUUGUGUCCAGUGAUGAAAUAAAAGCAUUAUGGUUUUAUUUGGAAGUAAUGCA